UCAGUCAGGAAUUCGGACGUGGUCACUUCACUCCAGCUCUCAGGAACAGACAUUAGCGGCGGUCUUGCACAUUUCUGCCUUCAAUAUGCUGAGUGUGGCCAGGACAGCUGCCAGGAACCUGCAUCUGCGUCUGUUCUCUACUGGAGCCAGCAUGCAAGGACCUGCCGUGGCUGUGGUGCUGUCUGGGUCUGGGGUGUAUGAUGGUGCAGAAGUCCACGAGGCCUCAGCAGCUCUGGUGGGGCUGACACGAGGCGGGGCUGACGUGACAUGCUAUGCUCCAGAUGCCCCUCAGAUGCAUGUUAUUGACCACACCAAAGGAGCCCCAGCAGAGGGUGAGAGCCGCAAUGUGCUGGUGGAGUCUGCACGCAUUGCUCGAGGUGAGGUGAAGCCCCUGACUGAGCUGACCAGUGGUGGUGCUGAUGCUGUGUUCUUCCCUGGAGGGUUUGGAGCAGCCAAGAACCUGUCUGACUUUGCUGUGAAGGGAGGAGACAUGACAGUGAACAGUGAAGUUGAGCGAAUCAUCAAGGACUUCCAUGCUGCCAAGAAGCCCAUUGGUCUGUGCUGUAUUGCACCUGUGCUGGCAGCGCGAGUCCUGGGAGGCAGUGGCGUCACCCUCACCCUGGGACAGACAGAUGAUGGUUCAGGCAAGUGGCCUUAUGCUGGAGCCAUCGAGGCUGCUAAGGGCAUGGGAGCCACAGUUGUAGAGAAGAGUGUUGAGGAAGUGGUGGUGGAUGAAGCCAACAAGGUGGUCACUACGCCAGCCUACAUGUACAAUGGAAAGUUCCACGAGAUCCACGACGGAGUGGCCAAAGCUGUCAGUGCCUUGCUGGGCCUCAUCAAGAGUUAGUGGGAUGGACAACAGUGUAUGGAGCAGUCACUCCAGCCAGUGUCUUGCAUGUGUUCCCUUAGUGUUGUUGAUUCAAUGCCUGUCACAAUGCUGGUGUGUGGCAAGAUAUGUUAACCAACACAUCUCUAUAAAAUGUCUUCAAAGGCAGUCACUCCAGUGCAAUGUGAAUAUUACAGCAGUGUGAGCAGAGAUGCCGCUUCAUACUUACCUUGCAGUUCAGAUUAAUUUAAGGGAUGAAUAUUCAUCCCUUAAAGGUCUUUUCAUGAAUCUUAUGCUUAGUAAUAAUAAUAACCAUCAAGCAAGGUAUUCAUAGAGGUUAUAAAAAGAUAUAUAUGGUUAGUAAUUAAUUCUUGUGCAUAAUUUUCAAUACUAAUUAUAGAUUGAAAAUAACAGGCAAGUAAGUGGAUUCAUCAUUCAUUCCCUAUCAAGAGCAAGCAAGUGGUGGCUUGUUGCUAGAUCAGUAGUGACAUUCAGUAUUCAUUAGUAUAGAGAUCUGAAAAAGUUUAUCAUGAGAUUUUAGUAGUGAUCAUAGAGACAAUGAUGAAUGUUUGAAAAUAUUUGAUAAGCAGGAGGGAAUUGUUGGAGGUAGCAUUGCUAAUGUAAGUCCUGGAUGUCACUGUAGGUGAAAGGAGGUGGCAUUAUAAUGUGAUAUGUAUUUUAGAAAUUAUCAUUAAGGUUGUCUAUGCUAAUAUCAUUAAAUUGUAUAAAAAAGAAACCAGGACUACUUUGCAGUGUGCAGGUUGAGGGCAACCACUGAAUUUCUUAAAUAAAUCAGGUUGUGUACAUUUA